AGAACUUGCAGAACAAGGUUAGCUUUUCUUAGAAGCAGAUCGCAGUAAGUUAUCCACAGCCCUCGUUGCAUGUUUCCAUUUGAUUGGUGAUGACAAUUACGUUAUUGAUGCUUUCUAAUAAUGCAACCUUCAACUCUUUGAUGCUUCCAUGCCUGACUUCAACUUCAUGUUAUAUGCUUCAUAUAUAUCGCCACCUUCAUAUAUGCGAAAUGUUCUUUCAUAAAUAAUCGCAGAGAAUAAUUUUAUCGAGGAUAAUGUAAAUUUAUUUCUUUAUUUUUUUUUACUGUGGAAUGUAGUGACAGAUUAAUUUUAUUGUGGGACAUAAAGCCUGCGUUGAGCUGCCACAGUGGUAUAGGUUGUUCCGUAGUGAUAUACUAACACAUUGUAUGCCGGUAUGAGCUGCGAUCCCGAGUGGGGGUUGGGGGAAGACAGGUGCAGUAUUGCUCGGCAACCGGCGGCGCGAGCAAUGGGUUCAACAAAUACCGCCGAUGCGCGAGCAACUUGGCCGACUGGGCUGCCAAGCUCGGCACUGCCACCACAGGCGAUGAGAGCUCGUCGCCUCCUGCAGUACCAGCUGCAUCAAAUCAGGCUUCGGCCGUCACCUUGCUUCGUUCUCUGGGAGGAGAUUCCUGCUUUCUUUGGUUUAUCUUUUUGCCUUGGAAUGCUCCACUUGCUUCCACAAGUUUAAAGCCACGCCAAAAACCAAAGGCAGAAACCCUACAUCCAUGGAAGGUAGAAAAAGGCCAUUAAAGAAGAGGGGGAAAAAAUAAUUGACGGCUUGAAAAGAUAGAUCACUAGAACUUCGAAUAAAGGUUCUGGUACUGCAUUGGCAGCAUUUGGAUGGAGAACAUGGCAUAGAAAAUGAUAAGAGUACUGGGAAUAUUACUGCUCAUCAUGAUUUGUGAGAAUCGAGCACGCAAGUGGAAGGGAGAAGCUCAGUGGCAGCUCCUUAUAGUGUGGUCACUGAUUCGAAUCCCUUCGCACUCGAUCGGCUCCUUCGUCGAGAUUUUCAAUACAGAAACAUGAGUGAAGAAAAUGAGACUGCCUCGAGAGAGAAUCACCCAGUUCCACGGCUGAAUGAAAGAAUUUUAUCAUCAUUGUCGAGGAAAUCGGUUGCUGCGCAUUCUUGGCAUGAUCUUGAAAUAGGUCCUGGUGCUCCUGCUGUGUUUAAUGUUGUUGUGGAGAUAACAAAAGGAAGUAAAGUCAAAUAUGAACUUGACAAGAAGACAGGUCUGAUUAAGGUUGAUCGUGUAUUGUAUUCGUCAGUAGUCUACCCUCAUAAUUAUGGUUUCAUCCCUCGCACACUCUGUGAAGACAAUGAUCCAAUGGAUGUUUUGGUCCUCAUGCAGGAACCAGUUCUUCCUGGAUGCUUUUUACAAGCCAGGGCCAUUGGUCUCAUGCCUAUGAUUGAUCAGGGAGAGAAAGAUGAUAAGAUCAUUGCAGUCUGUGCUAAUGAUCCUGAGUUUCAUCACUACAAUGAUCUCAAUGAGCUGUCUCCCCAUCGCCUUGCUGAGAUACGGCGUUUUUUUGAAGACUACAAGAAGAAUGAGAACAAAGAGGUAGCAGUCAAUGAAUUCUUGCCUGCAGAUACUGCCCGUGAAGCCAUCCAGUACUCAAUGGACCUUUAUGCUCAAUAUAUCCUGCAGAGUCUGAGGCAGUAGAGUGGCAGAGUUUGUUGGAUUGACUAUGUUGGUUAUUAAUCUUUACCAAGUCAGUGCCGUUUGCUAAGUUUUCCUCCUCCCCCACUGAUCUGAUGAGAGGGGUCGAAGUUUGCAAUAAGAUAAUCAAAUCUUUUCUCACUUUGUGACUUGAAACAAUUUUAUAAACCAUGUAAGUCCUAGUCUGAGAAAGGAUACAGUUUAAUUUAAGUGACAGCUUUUUCUAAAAUAUUUUGGCAACGAGCUGAAACUGGAUGGUUGUGCUAGGGAUAUGUAAGGAAUGCUUGUUGAUGUAUGUAUUUCUAAUAUGAGCUUGUUUUCUUGGUUUAA